AGUUGAAGGUUUAGUGCAGAUUUCUGAUAAGCAAGGGAUGCAUAAGUUCUGUUCGAACUGUUUAAGAGCUACGAGGAAUUUGAAAACGAUCAAAAGGGGUAUCUUGAGGUUAGCUGAUAGUGUGACAUCACUUUAUCGAUGCCUAAGUAUUAACGAGACAGCUACAGCAUUGCGUCCAUUCUAUUUUGUGGUCCAUCCAGACCUGUUUGGCCAGCAUCCAAGGGAAAGGGAAAUAAAUGAAGAAUCAUUGAAGAAGUUGCAUGAGUACUUGACGUCAUUACAAAAGACAGGAAAGGCAACUCCAACAGAGCUUGUAUUUUAUGUACGACCACAAAAGAACAAAGAUUUGCGCAGUGUCAAAUUACACCUCAACUCGGAGAGUCUGAGGUCCACAGUCACCUCUGUUCUUUCCUCAGUUCAUCUUCCUUUGGACUUUGUUCACAAUAUUCCUAAAAAGCGUUACCGACCUGUUGAAAUUCGUUGGGAUCCAUCAUACUACCAUGUCACCGGCAAAAAGAACCCAGAUAAGGAAUACUAUAAAAGGAGAAAAGACUGGACACUGCUGGAUUGGUUACAUAAGCACUCAAACAAAGCUGUUGCUAAACGACUGUUGUGCCAGCAAAUUCAACAGGAAAUAGCUGUCCUGGAGCAGCUUGUUGUCUCAGAGAUAGGACUCAAAGACCUCAUUUGGAAGAAUGACUGGGGCUUCAUCCACUGUCUAGCUUCUCUGAAAUCAUUUCAGAGACUGCACCAUGAACAUCCAGGUGUAACUCGUCAUGCCCUCAAAGAUAAGACGCUAGUGUUCAGUAAGCAGACUGGAGUGAGUGCUGGUGGAGAUAUUGUGUUGAGUAUUGAGGCAGUACCAACUGAUUGGCUUAAGAUGCUGUCCCUGGUAGAUGCCUACAAGAGUAUGGUUAACAGAUUACCAUAUAUGGAAAGGAAAUUGUCUGAACUUCUCGCCAACAUCCAUAUCAGUCAUCACGAUAGACUUAUAAUGGCUGAAGAGUAUGAACUUCUUUUAAACCAGAUUCUGAACGUUCUACGUUGCAGUCAGGUAGAUGUGGAUCGUUACUUGCAUGAUGGAGAUCUUUCACAUCUACAGCUGAUUGUAGAGGGAGGUGAAGCUCCCCUGACCUUGUCCACUAGUGGUCAGUUCAUUGUGCCAGCUACAGUGCCCGGCUCCAUGAUUGUGAAGUUUAUUGCAGAAAAAAAAGAAAUCGCCUUCACACUGAUUCAAGAUAUGGAACUGUUGAUGAAGAUGGAGUAUGUUAUUAGAGAACAAUGCAUGCACCGUCUGCAACUGACAUCACUUGAUCGGGACGAGAGCGUAACACCUAAACAAAUGAUCACCUGUUGUGAAAGACUGUUAGAUGAUGCAGUGUACCUAUCAGAACUGUCAGGAGGCAGUGUCCGCGUGUCUAACUAUUAUGCUGUAAUGAAGGAUGGAGGAGUAUCAAUACCUUGGAACUGGAAAAGUGAUAUAUCAUAGCAUGGACAUAGAUGUAACCAAGUCUGUGAUCAUUGUGUUGGUUAGUGUUAAUAAUGGGUUAUAUAAACAAUAGUCACCCUUUCAUCAGAAUUGUGACCUUUAAAGAAUAUUUUGGUUACUUCAUAUGAAUAUAUUGAAGUUUGUUCUGAUCAGAUUCUUGGUAUAUGACACUCUGUAAUUCUAAUGUUUUGUCUUUACCCCGUGCUGUGAUAAGGGUUCUUCAUCAGAGAGGAGUGCCUUUGGUAGUAGUCAAGUGUGGAUCUUCAUAGACUCUACUGUAGCCUUCCCGUAUCAGAUGGUGAUCUGUUGUUGUGUCUCGUCAGUUCUUAAAAAGAGUCUUUUUAUUGAUAUUUGUUGAGAAGUACUGGAUGGAUCUUACUCAGAUUUCAUAUGUAAGUUCCCCUUGGUCCCUAGUUGUUCCCUUUCGAUUUUGAGAACUGAUCAGAAAAAAACUAAAAAAUGGCUGUCAGGAAGUCAUCUAUGUUAUGAAGAUGAAAGUUUAUUUACUUAUCACAAUAUCAUGUGAUGGAGGAUGGAACUUUCUCAGAUUUCAUAUGUACUGUAGGUUCAUUUUGUCCAUAGUGGAGCAAUGUCCAUUUUCAGACUGAUUGGAAAACAAGGGCUGACAAGUGGCUAUAUUUUGACAUUUUUGUAAUUGUAAUUUCUUUAGAAGAUUUUAAGUAAUCAUUCUCCAUUUUCAAGGAUCCCAUUGGUUCCAAAUUAGAUUUACAUAGUUGAAUAAGGGCUGUAUUGAAAAUAAGGAAAAAGAUCCAAUUGUUAUUAAACUAAGAAAAAUCAUAAAAUAGUGAGUGCAAUCUUUUGUUGACAGGUGUAAAUGGUGCUAAAUGUGAAUACCUGUCAAUACAUACUGGUAAUUUAUAGUAUACAUAUGUAUACACAAAAAUUAGAGGGAUUAUAAUGAUAAAAGCUGCUAUCAGAAAAUAUUAUCAAAGAUUGUUUAUUUACCUAUAAUGAAAAAGACACCAAUCUAUCUUGGUCAAUAUCUCAAAAAGAACACGAUAAACAGAUCCAGAUAUAAUUAAUAUACAUUGUAUAAUUACUUGCAAGCUGGACUGUAUACAUGCAUUUGAAACAAGAAAAGAAACAACAUGGCAGAUAAUGUCACAUCUGUUGAUAACUUCAGACAGACUUUCAAUUUAGUGAUAUUUAUUUGUGUGGAGAAAACUGUCAUGUUUGUGUCAAUUUCCUUUAUGGUAGCAACAAAGAGACAUUGUAGUGUUGAGUUGAGGCUCUAGAUGGUAUUAUUUAGUACAAUAGUUUGGUGGGUUAGAGAUGUUUAUUUAAAAACUUUAUGAUAUACAGCUAUAUUGAUAUGACCAUGUAUAGGGCAUUCAAAACAUAUCUUAUAGUCAAAUUGAUUUAUAUAAUUAGUGGUCAAUAAUGGCAUGUCACCUAUUAUUGGCAGUUACAGUAGCAAGAUUGUAAGUUUUUACAUUGUUGAAUAUCAAAAUCCUCAAUCGUGAACAUUUUUCACUCCAGCCUUCCAAAGUCAUGUGUUGUCAGACUCACUACAUGCAGCCAAUGUGACUCCUUUUUCAACGUGGAUUACUCACAGCUUCUGAACACAUUGAUGUUCUUGGGAGUUAUCCAAUGUUAGUAAGAACCAGAACAGAAAAUAGCAAAAGAUACAUUGUAGAUGUCACUUUAUUUGGUGAUCUUAAAAUUGGCUGCUUCAGAUUUUGGUGGUCUGGAUGAAGAACUGACAAAGUUAAUUAAAACUGACUAGCUUAAAAAUUUCCCACCGCACAGUAGGCUGUACUCAGUACUCUGUAUAUGUCAGUAGUAGAAGGUGAGAAUGAAAUUUUUAUGUGUGCUAUUUAUUGCUAAAGAUUGUUUUGUUUGUUAUUGAUUGUUUUGUUUGUUAAAUGCUAUUUUGUUUCAAGAUUUUCAGAAGAAGUUUUUUUGUUUGUUUUUGUCUCUUGAAGCAGGACAUCAGUGUCAGUAUUUGUGUUAAACUCUAAACUUUUCAAUUUACAUACCUGCUAUUAUGGUUAUAUUUAAGCAAGAGCAUCUUAGUACAUGUUUUAUCAGUUAAUAAGAUUUCAACAAAUGGUUGAAAUUUAAUUAAUGCUUAUUGAUUUAUUGUGCAAUGUUAAAGACUUCUGUUUAGCUUUGUGUUGAACUUUAUUUUUGUCAAAGUACAUAAGCUACCUUAAUGAAACCUGGGACAUACUUACUUCUACACAUAAUCAUCUUAGUGCACAUUUCAGAUUCUAAUUUUCACUUACUGUUGCUGAGGAAACUAAUUAUGUCAGUUUUCUGCGAGACAUGUAAUUACAUGCAAUUCUUGUGAUGUUUUUGUUUCCUAAUACUAUUUUUUCUAUGUUAUACACUCAAUAUUCUUCAAAGAGAAUAGCCUAUAGCUUCCGUCAAUUUAGCUCAGAUUCUACUGAAGAGUGACAUGUUCAUCAGAAUAUUCUUUAUUUCUUAAUAAAUAACGAUUGAAUGAUUUUUGUGUUUUAUUAGGAAAUCUUUCAAUUUUCCUCCUGGGAUUCUUACCUUGAAAAAUAUUCAAUGUCCAUCCAGUUGCAUGAGAAAAGUAUGCAAAAUAGCAGUAUGAGUGGGUGCGGAAGCAUUUUACUGAUUUUCUUAAAUACGGAUAUGAAAAAUGUAAUUUUGUUGUGUGAAGUUGAAGAGUGAUUAAAUAAAGAAAUGAUUGAAGUUU